AUGACUGAGGAAUCACCAUUUUCCCCUUCCUUCCCAUAUGGGUGGACUUAUGAUAUUUUUCUCAAUUUUCGAGGUGAAGAUACUCGCUUUGGUUUUGCUAGAAACCUCUACGAGGCUUUACAACAAAAAGGUAUCCAUACUUUUUUAGACGACGAAAGGCUCAGAAAAGGAGAAAAGAUUACACCAUCACUUCUCAAAGCAAUCCAAGAGUCUAGAAUGGCUAUCACUAUUUUCUCUAGAAACUAUGCUUCCUCUACGUUUUGUUUAGAUGAGCUUUUUCACAUCCUUGAGCAUAUAAAUAAAAAAGGUAGAUUGGUUUUGCCCAUUUUUUAUGACGUGGAUCCAUCAGAAGUACGGCAUCAAAGAAAAAAUUAUCGAGAAGUAUUUGCUCAGCAUGAGAAGAGGCUUAGAAAUGACAAGGAGAAGGUGCAAAAAUGGAGGCAGGCUCUACAGGAUGUUGCUAAUCUAUCGGGUUUCCAUUUCAAAUCUGGGUAA